AUGACUGGACUUGUUAGGUGGAGGGGAGGAUCAGGAACUCAAGGCCAUCCACAGUUACACAGCCAUUUAAGGGACAGCCUCAGGGAUGUGAAACCUUACCUCCAGAAAGGCUUUGUCACUAAAGUUGAUGACCUCUGUCACUUUCCUGUGUCAGGCUAUGUGAUUAAAGUUGAUGACCUCUGUCACUUUCCUGUGUCAGGCGGUUUGAGCAAGGCACUCAGGCAUGUAAUUGCCAGUCCCAACAAGAAACCAGAAGCUCACGUUGAACAAAAUUCUUGGCAUGUGGCCUGGUCUAUUAAAUGUGCUGAACAAAGAGCUGAGUACAACAACUGUCAUGUUGACCUCCAACUCACAUCCUCCUGCCUCAGCUCAGAGAGGGCACCUCCCAUCCCCCAGCCAAAUGUAGCGGAGAGGGCAGGUGGACACGCGAGGAUCCCACCAAGGGACAAGAUUGAUGACUCCCAAGCAGUGAUAGCUAGUGCUGACCCCUGCCUUCCGUGUGCACACACGCCAACACUCAACCUGCACCCAUACAUAGAUGUGAGCGAAGGAAGGCAGGGCACUGCCAGAGCAGGGUUGAAGCUUGACAAGAGAGAGGCAAGGGGCAAAUCCCCUUUGCUAUUCUACACACUUAAAGCAGCUUACACUCUGAUGGCCAGUCAUCAGCAAGAGGAGAUUCCAGCACAACUGUGGAUUCCACACUGUGAAACAGUGAGGCCUGGGGUGGGGCAGGAGGUAUAUGCGGGAUUUCAGGAGAGAGAGGAAGAGGAGGAGAUCAUGGAGGUGCAAGAGAGAUGCCAGGAGACACGGAAGAAACAGGAUGAACAAAGCUUAGCUAAACACAAUGGCACUCUGAAACUUGUGAAUACCAGCUACUCUGAAAACCUAGGAGACCGUGCUGAGCAACCAAUUGACUAUAUGGUGGAGUACGACUAUGAUGCUGUACAUGAUGAUGAAUUUAAGUAUUCGAGUUUGGGGAAAUCAAUCAGAAAUGUGAAAAAACUACAGGAAGAAGGAUGGCUGGAAGGAGAACUAAAUGGGAGAAGAGGGAUGUUCCCUGAUAAUUUCGUUAAGGAAAUUAAGCGAGAGACGGAACCCAAGGAUAACAAUUUGCCCAUCAAACGGGAAAGGCAUGGAAAUGUAGCCAGUCUUGUACAGCGAAUCAGCACUUAUGGACUUCCAGCUGGAGGAAUUCAGCCACAUCCACAAACCAAAACCCUUAAGAAGAAGACCAAAACGCGUCAGUGUAAAGUUCUUUUUGACUACCUUCCACAAAAUGAGGCCGAACUGGUACUGACAGUGGGGGAUAUCAUUGAUAUUAUUUUUCAGGUGGAGGAAGGCUGGUGGAGCGGAACUCUGAACAAUAAGUUGGGACUUUUCCCCUCAAACUUUGUGAAAGAGUUAGAGAUCACAGAGGAUGGCGACACCGAAGGUCAGGACGAAUCAGAAAUAGCUUUGACUGGCCCUACCUCACCAUUACUGUCUCCGGGAAAUGGGAGUGAUCCUGGUUCAGUUACACAGCCAAAGAAAGUUUUCCGAGGAGUUGGAUUUGGAGAUAUUUUUAAAGAAGGCUCUGUGAAACUUAGGACAAGAACAUCCAGUAGUGAAACAGAAGAGAAAAAACCAGAAAGGGUUUGGCCCUCAAUUCUGCAGUCACUGGGAUCCAGAACCCAGAGUGUGGAGGUGACAAAACCAGACACUGAUGGCAAGAGUAAAGUUAAAGAUAUUGUAGAACAUUAUUUGCUUAUGAAGGGAACCAAUGAAGAUGAACUUACUUUUAAAGAAGGGGAGAUAAUCUAUUUAAUAAGUAAGGACACUGGAGAAGCAGGCUGGUGGAAGGGUGAGCUUAAUGGCAAAGAAGGAGUGUUUCCAGAUAACUAUGCUGUUCUGAUAAGUGAACUAGAUAAAGACUUUCCAUGGGAGUGGGGCAUGAUGGGUGCCAUGCUGAUGGGCUCAGUCCUAGGGAGAGAAACCAAGAAACCACCUCCUCCUGUAAAGGGUCCAGCUCCAAAGCCUGACCUGUUAGCUGCAGAGAAGAAAGCUUUUCCUCUAAAGUCUGAAGAAAAAGAUGAAAAAUCACUGCUGGAACAGAAACCCUCUAAACCAGCUGCUCCUCAAGUCCCACCCAAAAAGCCCACUCCACCUACCAAAGCCAAUAAUUUAUUGAAGUCUCCUGGAACAGUGUACCCAAAGCGACCAGACAAACCAGUUCCUCCUCCACCACCAGCAGCCAAAAUUAAUGGAGACGUUUCUACUACAGUUUCUUCAAAGAUUGAAGCUGAGCCAGUAUCAAAACCAAAGCUAGACCCUGAACCAUUGCCAGUCAGGCCAAAAUCAGUAGACUUUGAUGCUUUCAUAGUCAGAAAUUCCAAAGAAACAGAUACUGUAAAUUUUGAUGACAUAGCUUCCUCAGAGAACUUGUUACAUCUCACUGCAAAUAGACCCAAGAUGCCUGGAAGAAGGUUGCCUGGCCGCUUCAAUGGUGGACAUUCUCCAACUCAAAGCCCAGAAAAAACAUUGAAGUUACCAAAAGAAGAAGACAGUGGCAACCUAAAGCCGUUGGAGCUUAAAAAGGACACAAGCGUCUCUUCAAAGCCAUCUCUUUCUACACCUUCAAGUGCUUCUAAAGUAAAUACAUCUGCUUUCCUAACUCCAUUAGAACUCAAAGCUAAAGCAGAAACAGAUGAUGGGAAAAAAAGUUCCCUGGAUGAACUUAGGGCCCAGAUUCUUGAAUUACUGUGUAUUGUAGAGGCACUGAAAAAAGAUCAUGGGAAAGAACUGGAAAAGCUACGCAGAGAAUUGGAAGAAGAGAAGGCCAUGCGGAGUAACCUAGAGGUGGAAAUUGCAAGGCUGAAGAAAGUUGUUCUGUCUUCUUGAGGUGGUGUGGACCCCCUGUUCUUAAUGCUCCAGUGAUUUAGGAGCAACACUAUGAACUUAUCUGACUUGUUAAGACAGCAGAUGUGGUGUUGUGACGAAGAAAUGAGAGGACAUGAACUGUGGUAUUACUGGAAAGUUAGGGAGUGUGACAGUUUUUAUAUAUAUAUAUUUUGUUUUGCCAAUAUGAAAAAAGAGGCCUUAUUUCCUACUGUGCUGGGAUAGCAAACAUUUAUGUUGUUUGCUUGAAAAUACUACUGAAUCUGUAUAAAAAGGAAUGAAAGUUCACAAUAGUUUUUUUAUUGAAACUUGUAUUAUUUUUAAAGAGUUCUAUACUAUAAAUAUCGUACUAUCUUUACAAAUAAGCUGUAAGAUAAACUAUUUGAGAUGGACGGGUUAGCUUUAUAGUAACUAGAAUCACUGCUUUCCUGUAAUACAUAAGGACAUAAACUUGUAUACAUGCACUACAUACACCACACACACACACACACACACACACAUACACACACACACACUUUUAGCUUCUUACCUAGGAUUACACUGUUGUGCCUGUGUCUGCAGUGCUGUUUGUACAUUCGUGGUAAAAUAGGAGUUCCUAAUUACGAGGUUCCUCACCCAUGCAUAAUGAAUCGUUAAUGAAAUAAUAAAAGUAAAUUAAACUUGUAGGGUGUUCUAUAAUGCUCCCACUAUAGGAUUCAUUAAAGGAAGUUAGUUAAAAUAUACUGGAUUAAUCUUUGGGAAAAUACAAGCUUUGUUCUCAAUUCAUGUGGCCUAAGGAAUCUAAAAAUGUCAUGCUAAUUCUUAUUUGUGCCUAGACACUGCAGCACAUGUUAAAUAAUGUAAGCACCAGCCUUAUUGCUGUAUUCUUGUGAUCAUUCUACAGUUUUAAAUAUUACUCAUUUCAUUAUCUUGUAUUAGCUCUUUGUAGCCUUCCCUUAGUUUUCACUAGUGAUAACCUUAGGAAGCAAAGCCUCUAAACCCAGAUCUUUUCAAAAUUUUAGAAUGAAGGUCCAUAUUGGGAAAGCUGUAAUGUAAACUCAGGUUUUACAGACAUAAUUUCUCAAAAUAGAAUACACUAACUCCUAGAAAUAUUUUGGGUUGUUACUUAUGUAAAUGUUAAAAGAGUGUUAAUAUUUCACAAAUAGUAACAUUAUGGGUUAUGAAAAUCAAAUAUAAUUGACCAUGUUGAAGAUCAUUUCAGAAUGAAUUCUUAAUCAUUUUUCAGCAUCACAAAUCAAUAGUGGAACAUCUUAGACCAGAUCAGCCACAUUCAGGGUGGUAUGGCUCAGACCUAACGGCAACGUGUCUAAAAACAAUGAGGAAGUGGAUUUAUUUGUUAAAAAUCAAGUUAGAUUUUAAAGUUUACUUUAUUAAUUUAAAUGAAUAUCAGAUUGAAGGUAUCAUGCUUCUUAAAAAUACUUUUCCUUUACAUUUUAAUCUUAAGAUGGAAAAAUCUUUUUAAGUGAAAUGUCUUGUGUUACUUCAAAUAAAAAGAGAACUGAAGUAGAAAAUAGUAGAAUUGCCAACACAAAAUCACACUUGAUUAACUUCUGCGGACAGCAUUAAUUUUAUAUCAAGUGUGCAUUUUAGCUUUUUUGGUUGUUUGAAAAAGGGUCUUAUAUUGCUUGGGCUGGAGUCAACCUUGUUAUGUAGCAAAGAUUUUAAAUUUCUGAUUCCCCUGCCUCUGCCCCCCAUGUGCUAGGAUGACAGCCACACCACUGUGCCUAGCCAUUUUAACAUUUCAAGUCUAAGCUCAUCUAAUGAGGGGUUAUUGAUGGACAAAAUUAUUUAAUCUUUUAAGUGAUUAGUCAAAUGAAUCAAUUUGCUUUUUGUUAAUAAACUAGCUCUUAAUGACAGUUUUCAGAUGAAAGUAAAUGAUCCUAUCUUAGAAAUCACCCCCUGCUUUCUGCACUGGAGAUUUGUCUUCCCCCACAAUGCUGGAUGGAAAAGGUUCCAGCAGUUCAAGCUUUGUUAUUUUCCCAUUGAAGGUUAUUUUAAUACAAAAAUAACGUAAAUAUUCAGCAGUUGGCAAGUGACUAGUGUACGCUUUCUGUACAAACAUGUAGCUCAUAGAUGCUAAUUAAAAUGUAAAAAAUUGGGAAAAUAAUUCUUAUAGAAAAACAGAUAACAGAAAACUGAAUUUAUGUGAUAUAAGCAUGAGUAAGGAAAAUAGAAGCACAUUCCCUUAUUGUAUAUUAAAUUUGCACAGUUUGGUUUCUUUAUGAACUAUUAUGUAUCAUUUAUCUGCUUGGUGAUCUUGGCCCUGGCAACACAUAUAUUUUAAUACUUGUGAGCUACUAAAAUUUAUUGGAGUCAUGUAUGGAGACUGCAUGCUUGUAGGUUGUAGACUGAGGAAGGAAAGGACUGAGUUUAAGGCCAGCCUGUACGGUAUAGAGACCCAGUGUCCGUUAGAAAGGAAACGGUCUUCCUUUGGCGGCAGUGAUGGUGAUAGUGCGUGCUCUGCACUCGCCUGUACGGUCAGAACGGCAGUGAGUGCUGCAGUGCACACCUUUGUCCUCUCGGUCAGAAUAGAGAAGUCAUACUGGCUUUGUUCUCCUUUUUUCUGUAUGUCUGGUUUUCUGACAUUAGCAAUAGAAUUUAGAAAAAAAAGCAAGCUUGAACUUACUAAAGGGAAAAAAUGAUUUCCUUAAAAUAGUAAUUCGCCAGUAUUUGCCCUUGAUAUGGGAACUUUUACUAUUCCUAAAGUUAAUAUCACAAAAUGAUAAUUAUAACUUCUAUUUUGAGGUAAAUCCUCCCCACAGGUAUAAAAGACAACAUUGAAUCUAUCAUUGCCAAAUUACUAGUGAAAAUCAGAUUUGCUGUUCUUUGAAACAAUACUACUACGUUUCUAAUGGGAUUUCAAUGUUAUUUUGGUGUGCUUGUGACCACUAAGCUUAUUUCUUACUAUAAAGCUGUCAGCUCCAUUGAGCUGUGCAAGAUUUUCCUGGGAAGCUGGAAGGUGCAGAGAGAAUGGGCCUGGUUUAACACUCCCUUACAGUGAUCACAUACAGGAAAACGCUCCAAGUACUCUGGAUUUUUUGAUGAAUGUUUAUGCUUACGUUUAAACUUGAAAUGUAUGAGCAGAAUGAGACAAUCUUUACAAUCCAAAUUGAGAAGUGUUACAGUUCAAUGGCCUUGUGCUGUAGCAAUAAAAUGACCAAGUGCAAUGACUUUAAUAAAAUCAUCUUUCAAAAGUU